GAAACUAUGUAGAAUCGAAGGAAAAAACGUACGUACAUACGUGUUUUCUGGGACAAACUAGAACAUAAGAUGGUUAUUUACAUGUACGGUUAAGACAUCUGUCACAAUAUAAAAGAAGAAGAGGUUGUAGUUGUGACCAUGACCCGGAAUCUCAUAUGGAAAAAUUGGGGAAUUUCCCCCACCACUUCCACACCGCUCAGCUAAAUAAAGAGAAACGACAGCCUUUCUCGCUCACGAAGACUUUAACCAAUCAUUUAUGUUAAAACACCAUACCUGAAUGUCACAAAUAAAAUAAUCAAACGAGGCUUAACUCGAUUGUCAAUUCUUCAAAAGUAAUGACAGCUAGAGUUAGUGCAAGUACAAAUAAUUUUCUAUUAGUUUACAGUUUUUAUUGUAUUAUCUGUAACGAUUUAUUCUUAGUAAUUUCAAUUUCAGUUGGUUCCUUAUCCUUCGUUUAUAAAGUGUAGUGUGUAGUUUUGUUUUAGUUGCGAAAGAACUUUGGUGUUGUGUUAAUAAAAAAAAUAAACAUGAUUUAUUAUUGUUGUGUACAAAUCAUAAAAAAGUUAGAAAAUGCAUAGGUAAAUGGUAAAUAGUAAUUAGUUUAUAACUGUUUUAUCUGAAACAACGAAUAAAUACACGUACAUAUAUUUAGAAAAAAAUUGUCUAACUUUUUUAUAUCCCUUUUCCUUACUAAAUUUGACAGCAAAAAUAACAUAUUUUGCAACUUGAGAAUUCCGAAUAAUUUAUGAGUAUUACUUAGAUAUUAUUUAAAUAAAAUACUUUAACAAGCUUAGUAAGUUUUGGUAUUUUAUUUUAAUAAUAUAGGUGAGAUUAUUUCUUGUAAAAUAUAAAGAUAUUUUAAUUAGUAACGAAAUUGCCCGCAAGAGGCGCUAAACGGAUAAAAUUAAUGCUUGUCCAUUUGAAUUUCCCGCCAAAUGGUGAUUAGUUAACACAUCGCUCGCAAAUGGCGUAAGGAACCAAAUUUUUACAGUGAGUUGCCUAUCUAUCUGGUAAUACUAUAUUAUUUAUCUAUGGUUGUGACUUCUCAACCAUUACGUCGGAGACUUAUUUUUAUUUUCAUAUUUUAAUCAAAAAUUGCAAAAGUGAUGAUUUAUAUUUUAUUUUCUCAGCCAACUUUUCUAAACUAAUUAACGUAAUAACCAUAGGUAAUAACCUAUUCAUAAAAAUGCACAAGUCAUUCAUUGAUGUAAAAAGUAUAGUAAAAAUAGAAUAUCUGUGAAAAAUCAUUGACUUACAAAUCUCGUGAUUUUUCUAUUUUUAAACAAUUUCAUGUGAUUGUGACUCACACAUUUACUUUACAAAAAAUGUUUGUUUUUAUCAAUAGAGUCUAAAGUAAUGGAAGUAAUAAUCGCUAUGGGACAUUUUUGUGAUACUCAUGGACCCUGUGUAAUUUUGUGUACUGAAGCAUUUGACAAAAUUCCUGAAAAACCAUCUUGUCUCAAAGUUCCCAUUUGUUCAGCUUGUGAAUCAAUAAAACUUGAUACAGUGUAUGCAUGUGAAGACGAAAGAAAGCAAUACAUUACAUCAAGAACAUCAUUCGAUUCUAAAACAUCACAUCUGUUAAAAGAUGCAAUUUUAAGAAGUCUUAGUAUUGAAAUGGUUUUGCAGGAUGGAAAAACUUCUGGAACAAUGUAUUUUGGAGAUAACACUCGAGGUCAUAUCAUUGCACAUGUUUUUAGUGUAAAGGAUUCAUUUUCAAGGGGCUUUAAGAGAAAAUAUUGUAUAAUUGUUCUUGGAAAACAACAGAUAUCUUUGCUUAGCCACUAUGAUUUCAUAGAAAAUAACUUGAAGAAGAUCAGUGAGGGCAUACAGCAAAAAGCAGACAAACUGAAUACAACUGAAAGAUCUUCCACCAACAACAUGGAAAAAGUUCUAAGAUCUCUUCCAGAGCUAAUUGGUGAAUCUGCUAUCUACGCCCAGCUCCAUAUGUGGUUUGUGUUUUUAUUACGGUCAAAAAUAUUCCAAAGAGUACCUCAUAACAUUCCAUCCUGUCCAGUAGAUUGUUCCUCAAUAGAAAAAUUAAGAAACGUAAAACUAGAAAUGUCAGAUGCUGUAUAUGAUACAAUUGCUUAUUGUGUAUUAACUGGAAUUCACAUUGAAGAGGUAGAUACAAGUAUUGUAAAAUACUUUCAGGAAUUGUUACCCAAAGGUUUUAAACUACCAAGUAAAGGACAGUUGUGUACUAUAUCCAAAAUCAAAGAUAUAUGGAAUGUUAAAUUCGAAGGUAGUGUACCUCUCAUUCUUCCUAGACUUCAUACAUGUAUAAAAGAAGCAUUAGAAGAUACAAGUAUAUCCAAUUCGGCACUCUACCAUCAAAUUAAAAGCCUUAUCAUGCAUUGGUAUAGCAUUUCGUGUGUUCUCAGUUGGUCUAAGAAGCAUUGUGAUAACCUCAUGAGGACUUUGGAAAUACAUAAGUGUGAUAUGCCGUUGUUAUCUUAUUGGAUACCUCAAAGUGGUGCUUGUGUAGAACUAUGUAAAACUGAUUAUUUUAAAUAUGCAAAAAUAUCGUGACAGUACUGUAUACCUCAAUUAUGAGAGGACAUUUAUCAGUAUUUUAAUCAUGCAGUUUGUGAUUUACAGGUAGCUAUGAUUUGAUAAUUUUUUAUAUCACUGAUUAAUAUUUUUUUUGAAAUGAAUUUCGACUCGAUUCAAGUUCUCUGUUUAACCCAGGUAUGACAAUACCAAAAGGCACCGUUAGGAAAAUAUUCCAAUUUACAGUUCAGAGAACCUGUAUGAAACGAGUCUGUGUACUCUAAUACAGAGUGUGGCAUUAGUAAAAUAAGAAAAUCUACGGUUUCGUUUUGAUUUAAAUCUGUCUCCCUCCAUCCUCCGAUAGUACUAUUUCUAGGUCUACCUGUUGUCAAGGAGGCUCUGAGGAAGACACAUUUACACCAGCACAACCGUAGUUUCUCGAUAUACAUUAAAACUAUUUAUAUCGCAGUAUGGUUAGAACGCCCUCUAACGGGGAAUAAGUGAAAUGAAUUUCGACUUGAUUCAAGUUCUCUGUUUAACCCAGGUAUGACAAUACCAAAAGGCACCGUUAGAAAAAUAUUCCAAUUUACAGUUCAGAGAACCUGUAUGAAACGAGUCUGUGUACUCUAAUACACAUUAUGGCAUUAGUAAAAUAAGAAAAUCUACCUUAUAAAUUUGUCUUCCUCAGUGCCUCCUUGACAACAGGUAGACCUAGUAAUAGUAUGGAGGAUGGAGGGAGACAGAUUUAAAUCAAAACGAAACCGUAGAUUUUCUUAUCUUACUAAUGCCAUACUCUGUAUUAGAGUACACAGACUCGUUUCAUACAGAUUUUCUGAACUGCAAAUUGGAAUAUUUUCCUAACGGUGCCUUUUGGUAUUGUCAUACCUGGGUUAAACAGAGAACUUGAAUCGAAUCGAAAUUCAUUUCACUUAUUCCCCGUUAGAGGGCGUUCUAACCAUACUGCGAUAUAAAUAGUUUUAAUUUAUAUCGAGAAACUACGGUCGUGUUGGUGUAAAUUUGUUUUCCUCAGAGCCUCCUUGACAACAGGUAGACCUAGAAAUAGCGCUAUCGGGGGAUGGCAGGAGACAGAUUUAAAUCAAAAGGAAACCGUAGAUUUUCUUAUUUAAUAUUUUUUUAUUUUAAAUGAGCCUAGUAGACUAUUUACCAAUACUGAAAUAACAAGUAAACAAGAAAAAAACUUUUUAGAACAAAUAACUACAAAGGUCACAUACUUUGGCCAUGUAGAUGAACGAAAUGUAUUUGUUCUCUCUCCUAUGGCGCCACAGCUUAAGUCAAGCCCUGGUCUCCCCUAGCAACCCUUUCCUUGGCAGCUCUCCUCUAGUUUUCCUGUAAUUUUUUUUGUUGCCCACGUCUGUUACUAAUUUAUGAAAUCUAUCCAACAGUGUAUGUCCUUCAAUUUUGAGAUUUUCAGCUGGCAUGUUGUCAUACCGAGUGCUUUAACGGUAUCCAUUAUUUCCUGUCUUGUGGGUGGGUAUGUUAAUUCAUUACCCAGGUUCUGAUCUUUUGUUAUCUCGAAAUCCGCUACUGCAUGUGCUGUGUUUGUAUUUGCCUUGUUAUGGUCUAAGAGCUAGCAACGUUUUCGAGAAAAUAUUUUAAGACAGCUGAUUCCUUCAUAUAUUGUUCUCUAUGCUUCAUCGAACACCGUACCGGCCAUCUGGCUGCUGAUACAGGUUGCAUUCAUUACUGCCCAGCACACCUGUACAGGUAAAUACAAAAUCAGGGUGACUGAUUAGUGUGAUAAAGCUCAGUAGAUCCGCUAUAGUAAUAGAUAGCAAUAAAAGUUAAUAAAAAAAUGGAAGCCAACUUUGAGCUUCACAUUACAAAAUUAGUCAGAAUUUUACAGGGUGUUCGAUAACAUAGUGGCAGACCAAACUUGUGUGUUUUUUUUAAAUGGAACACCCCAUAUUUUAUUUUAUAUUCGAAAUGUUCUUAACUUCCCCAUCACAAAAAUAUAAAGGUUUGUUAUGUUAUACAGGGUAUUUACAAAGUUUUAACCAAUGUUCUACGAAAAUCGUAAUAAGUUCAGCUCCCUGUAUAAAUCAAAAUAAGCAAAAUAAGCAAAACAGCAAUGGUUUAUUGGUGCCAUAUUUUUUUGUUGAUUGUCAAAAUUUAUAAAAAUUGUUGAUAUUGCUAAUUUUCUUUAUAUCGGAUACAGGAUGACUCAAAACGCAAGUAAGUAUAUUAUUUUCUCAGUAAUUUUAAAUAGAACACCUUAAUUAAUAACUUGCUCCUCUGAAAAAUGAAAAUAUCUCGAAAACUAACAAAUUUAGGCAUAGGGAAUAUUUUAAAAAAAUUAAAGUACGGCAAUGAUACUUUUCGAUGGUGAUGUAAAAUACAGGGUGUUCCAUUUACAGUUUCUGAGAAUAGAAUGUACUUGCGUUUUUGACUCACCCUGUAUUCGAUAUAAGGAAAAUUAGCAAUAUUAACAAUUCUUAAAAAUCUUCACAAUCAACAAAAAAAUAUAGCACCAAUAAACCAUUGCUGUUGUGCUUAUUUUUAUUUAUACAGGGAGCUGAACUUGUUACGAUUUUCAUAAAAAAUUGGUUAUAACUUUGUAAAAGCCCUAUAUAACAUAACAAACCUUUAUAUUUUUGUGAUGGGGAAGUUAAGAGAAUUUCGAAUAUAAAAUAAAAUAAUAGGGUGUUCCAUUUAAAAAAAACAUAAGUUUGGUCUGCCACUAUAUGUUAUCGAACACCCUGUAACAUUCUAACUAAUUUCGUAAUGUAAAGCUGAAAGUUGGCUACAAUUUUUGAAGUUAUAAUUCUUUAGGUACGAGGGUGAAUUUUUACAUUCCCUGGCGCAUGCGCACACCGACAGUAUAUUGUUAGUUGCUAAAUUAUCCAAGUUAUGUGCAACUAAGGUUUGAAAAUAAUAUAUUAGUGUUUUUAGUAAAUAUAUUUAUUAUAAUUUUUGUGUCUUUGGAUUUGUUUUCCUUGGAGUAAGAUAAUAAGUAUUUUAAAUAUUUUUAUAUUUAAUACUUCACUUGAUCUGUUUGUCACUGUCGUUUGUAAUUACGUCCCAGAAGCCGUAAAAACAAAACCCUGAUGGGUUAUUGGUAGAGCAUUCGACUACAUAACGCGAAGGUCCCGGGUUCAAAUCCUGACACGGACGAUUGUUAUCCUUUUUUUAUUUUUGGUGUUGUUUUAAUAAAAAAUUUUUGAAAUUGGUAAUAUCAAAAUUAGUUUAUCAAUUAAAUAAACUUUUAAGUAUCUUUAUUUUGUUGAAAUCAUAUAAUAGAAGUAUAACUUCUUACGUGCGUACAAAGUACACACACAUUCUUUUUUGUUAUUAACUUUUAUUGCUAUAUAUUACUAUAGCGAAUUUACUGAGUUUUAUCACACUCAUCAAUCACCCUGUAUAUUGAAUUUAAAUUAUUUUAGGACGAAACAUUUUUUUGUCAUUACUUUUUAAACCACAGAAAUGUCUGGCAAUUAUAAUUCAUAUUUCUAAUAAUGUUUAAAAAGUAAUGACAAAAAAAAUUUUCGUCUUACAAUAAUUUUAAAUUCGAUAUAUUUACCUGUACAAGUGUGCUGCGCAGUAAUGAAGGCAACCUGUAUCAGUAGCCAGAUGGCCGGUACGGUGUUCGAGGAAGCAUAGGGAAUAAUAAGUAUAUUAAAGAACCAGUUGUCUUAAAAUAAUUUUUUUCCGACGUUGCAUUAUAAAUAAUACAUAAAUUCUCUUGGUCCAUUAGCAUACUCUUGAAAUAGUUUUUCAAGCCUGUUUUUAUUUGUUACUACAGUGUUAAUAGUGGAAGGUAAGAUUGUAGCUAUGAAAAAUCAAGAAUCUGUAAGGAUAUGUGCUUCUGGCUGUGAAGUAUAAAGUAAUGGUUACAUGUAAUAGAUGACCAAAUGUAUGUAUGCUUAAUAAUGUAGGAGAUCAUUCAUUUUAUAUUAUGUUUUGUUCAUUGGAGAAAUGGUUUGUUAAUAGCAACUUUAUAUAUUCAAAAUUUCUUAAAGGGCACAUCAAUGAUAAUGUUACGUUACGCUGCUGCUUUGAUUUAGGUGAAUUUUGAACAGUUUAAAGUCGUAUUUUGAAUAUAUUGAGAAUAUUUGAUUGCCAUAAUGCGUAAACAUAAUGAAGAGUAUUCUAGCAGAAGUUCCCGAGCAGAAUAAAAUAGUCACAUGUGAACAUUUUUUUUGACGUUUCGUCUUAUCAUCAAAAGCGAUUGUCUUCCUGACUUCGGCUGAUCGCCAACUGAGCAUGCAAAACGAAAGUUCUGGAUGAAAUAAUUCUACACUACAGUCUCCCAAGUAACUGUGGUCUGGAAUUAUUACUUUUAUUGUCUAGACAGUCUUUUGUGGAUUCUGCUCUAAAAAUCAUUGUCAUUCUGUUUAGUCUCUGGCGGCCUGUUGGCAAAAGUUGAAAAAAAAACUUUCGCAAAUAUUUAUCACUUUUCAUUGUUAUCUGAAUAGAAUCAAGAUCUGGACUAAUAUGACACACUAAAUUCUCUUAAGGGGGUAGGCGCAAAAUUUCGGCUCCAAUCCUUUUUAAAUGCAUUAAUUUUUUCGAAUCCUGAGAAAACUAAUAAAUAUUUUUGAAAAAUUUUUACGGAGACUGAAAGAUUACAUUAUUACCGAGGACCGAAAGUUUCUUAGAAUAAACAAACAGUUUCUUUUGAGUGAGAGAUAUUUGAAAUUAAAAAUCACACUAAAUUUUCUCUUUUUUUCACCCCUGUAACUUAUUAAAAUAAACAUAAAAGUUUUCAGGGACUUUCGGCCAUCGGUAAUAACGUAAUUUUCAGUCUGCGUUUAAAUUUUUCAAAAAUACUUAUUACAGUGGAACCCCGAUAAGUCGGCCCCCGAUAACCCGAAAGUCCGGCUAACCCGAACCGAUUUUUAUCAGACAAACAUUUCAACAAUAAAAAUGUAUUGCUGUUACAAAAUCUCGUGAACCUAAUUCAUUCAUUUGGUGACGUCAAUAUACAAACGAAACGAUUGAUGAAUCCGACAUUACUGAAAAUAUCAGGGUGCAGAUGGGACCCUGUCGCGCAAUUCGCAGCAAAUAAAAUAGUCGUAUGUUUUUGGCUUCAUUUUAUUUCGGUUAUACAUACGCAUUUUCAAGGUUCACGAGGUUUUGUACCAACUCUAUGUAAUAUAAUAUUUGAGACAUAAUGGAACCGGAUUGAACUACAUAUACCAUAGUAAAAAUGACUCAUGGCACACCACAUUCAUUGUCGAAAACAACAGGCACCUGUAUUAUCCUUUAUUUGAAACUAUCUUAGCAUUGUUUAGAAAAGACUAUUAAAAUUCUUUUUUUAACAAUGGUCUUAGUCAUCACUGUUAUUAAAUAACAUAACAUCAGAUACGGUAUUGUGUGUAGUUAAGUCGUGUUUUGUAAUCGUUCGUAAAUUUAUUCAGAUUUUAUGUUUGCAUGUCUUUUGUCUAUAAGGGCAACAAAACGUAAAAAUGUUGUAGUGACAAUGGAAAAGAAACUAGAAGCAUUAAGUAGAAUUGAUAAAGGUGAAUCUUGCAGCAAUAUAUUAUGGUGUCGGUACAUCUACAGCAUCGGAUUGGAAGAAAAAUAGAACUAAAAUCGAAGAAUUUUUUUUUCAAAAUGAUAACAAAAGACAGUUUGGACAAUCGGUGCAAAGCUAAUAAAGCUAAGAAUGAGACUUUUGACGACACUUUGUAUGUGUGGUUUUGUGUGGAAUGCGAACGUGGUUUACCAGUGUCUUUGUGACAAUUAUAACGGAGUUUAUCUGUAAGCAUACCAUAUUUUAUUAAUUUUUACCAUUUUCUCCGGCUAACCCGGAUUUUCGAUAACCCGGAUCGGCCGCGGUCCCAAUUAAUCCGAGUUAACGGGGUUCCACUGUACUUUUUUCAGGAGGAUUGGAAAAAAAUAUGAUGCCUUGAAAAAGCAUUGGAGCCAAAAUGUUGCCCCCCCUCUCCUAAGCGUUGUAGUGGUCACAAACUGCAUAAUGAGAUAUAGUUCUAACGCAAAUAUGCGUUUAUAAGCUGUGAUAUAGUAGAAUAACUAACAAAAAUAUUUAAGUUGUUUAAAACAUUUUAUAUUUCUUAAGUCUUAAGUAUUCACGUAUUUGUAUGCAUUGUAUAUAUUUUUUAAUUAUUGUUUUUAAAAACUGCCAGUCUGUAUACUAACUUGACUGCUGUUUUGAAUUAAUAAUUAGUUGUGAAUGUAUGUUAUAUUAUAAAAAAUUUAUUAUGAAUGUUCAAAAAUAAAUAUGAAAAUUAUAAAA